GACAGGGUGUGAGUUUUAGCCGGUCACAGAGUACUGUUUGCGAAUUGUUUGGUGUUCCGAGUCACGAAGCAAAACUCCAACCCAGUGCAGCGUGCAAUUCAGCCCUGCCGAACCCCGCCAUCGUGCUUAAUCGCUGCGAUAAGACGCGAUCUUCGCCGUCCAACGCAACAUUGCUUGCACGCCCUCAUGACCUAAGGACCUGGGAGUGCUGGCUCACACAGUGGCAGAGAAUCUGGUUCUGAAGAGUUUGCCCGUCGCAUGCACCUAUAGCCACCCCUCAGACAUCGCACCUCGUCACGAACGUCCGCCUGUCUUCUCUCUGAGCUGAAUAAAAGCAAGGACGUUGGGUACACGGCUGAUACUGCUGUGGAGUUGGACAACAGUGCUGCAUAUUCAGACAAGCGACCUGUGUUGAAUGGCGGCCCCUACGGCGAGCGGCUCUACGGAGUCGCUCGACGAGGCACACACCCCCAUCGGCUCACCUCGCAGUCUGAACCCAUCUAGCCCGCCAUUUCAGGAAUUUGCAGAACAGCCUCGAAAGCUGCGAGGCCGGCAGAAACUCCUCGCCGGGCUGAACCGCAUUUCCUCUUCACCUUCCAUAGCCAAGCUCAGCACAUCGCGCUCAAGAGGAUACCAUGGCAAUGGCAAAGGCUCAAUCUCAUGCAUUUCGCUCAACUCAGCGACCGCAUAUGGUACUGCACUGGAUCGCGAGCACUCCGCUGGAUAUGCUACAACACCUGCGUCUGCGGCAACCACUCCAGGUGUCCAACCCCCGCCUUUUGAUGAGGCUGCUCGUGUUCGAUACCUGAUGCAGCAUGAAGGCAAAAUGUCUGUGGGACUACCCACAGAUUACCGAUCAACGAUCAAACCUGCUCCCGAGCCGGGCAUCGUCGAGGUCGAUGAGGACUAUUUCUCGCGACCAAUAACGAAGCAGAGACCGGCACGUCGAGAUCUGAACUUUUGGCGUGAUCUACCAUCAGAGCUGAAAAUGGAGAUUCUGACAUAUCUUGAACCAAAAGAGAUCGUACGUUGUUCAAUUGUGUCCAAGUCGUGGCACCAGAUGUGUUUUGACGGACAACUGUGGGCUAUAUUGGACACCGCUGGCUUCUACCAGGACAUACCGGGAGACGCUCUUGUUCGAAUCAUCACCGCUGCAGGACCUUUCGUGAGGGAUCUCAACUUGCGAGGAUGUGUUCAGCUUCGCGAACGAUGGAACUACCGAGGCCUCUCCGACGCAUGCACCAACUUGGAAAACUUCUCACUUGAGGGUUGUCGGAUUGAUCGAGCAUCUAUACACAAUUUUCUGUGGUCAAAUAGCCGGCUGGUUCACAUUAAUCUGUCUGGCUUGGCUGGCGCCACCAAUGCUGGGAUGAAGAUCAUCGCUCAGAAUUGUCCGAAGCUCGAACAAUUGAACAUAUCUUGGUGCAACAAUAUUGAUACACGUGGGCUUCGAAAGGUCGUAGAAAGCUGUCCACUUCUCAAGGACCUGCGUGCCGGCGAAAUCCGAGGCUGGGAUGACUUGAGCUUUAUGCAGCUGCUUUUCGAGCGGAAUACCCUGGAGCGCCUUAUACUCAUGAACUGCGAUAGUCUGUCCGACGAGUCCUUGGCGGUUCUAAUCGAGGGCACCGAUAGUGAGAUCGACUACAUCUCAGGCCGACCCAUGGUGCCUCCUCGGAGAUUCAAGCAUCUCGACCUCACCAGGUGCAGGUCAAUAACGGACAAAGGAGUGCGUACGUUUGUCAACAAUAUCCCUGAAAUCGAAGGUCUGCAGCUAUCCAAAUGCCACGGUAUCCUUGACGCGACGCUGACGGACUUGCUGCCGACUGUGCCUCUGCUGACACAUCUGGAUCUGGAAGAGCUCGAGGACCUGAGUAACAGUACUCUCCAUGCAUUGGCGAAUUCUCCUUGCGCGGCACGACUCAGACAUCUCAGUAUCUCAUACUGUGAGAAUAUGGGUGACGUGGGAAUGAUGCCCGUGAUUAAAGCGUGCACGAGCCUUCGCUCCGUCGAGAUGGACAACACCCGGAUUGGAGACUUGGUGUUGACUGAAGCUGCGAGCAUGGUUCGACAGAGAAGCGGCCGCACGACAAUCCACGGAGUUGCACCGCACUCAUUCAAGCCUACCGUGGGUUUGCGCUUGGUAGCUUAUGACUGUCAGAAUGUGACGUGGACUGGUGUGCGCGAGAUCUUGUCCAGGAACGCGGAUAUCUCCAUCACUUCGCAGCCCAGACAGCUGCCUGGGGACGAUAUGGCAAAACAGCAGAAUGUGCAAGUUGUCAAAAGCUCGACAUUCCCCACAGAGGUGAUUCAGCUAAAGUGCUUCUAUACUUAUCAGCCUACCGUGGAAGAGCACUUCAAACGGGUGAUGCGCGGCGAUUUCAUCGCGGCCCGGCGCCUCGAGAGGAAGUGGGCGGAAUUCAUGAUUGCCCAAGAAGAAGCCAGCACGAAUGGUGGAGGCCGACACCGACGACAGCGUAGAGCACGUCAGGCCCAGUUGUUGCAUGCUGAUGAAGAGGAUGACGCGCACACACCAGGAAUUGGCGUUGGCGGAGGGCGGCGCAGACGCGCAAGAAGCGGCGGGUGUGCUGUGAUGUGAAGACAUUCCUAGCCCAAAUCAUUUGCGAGCAGCUGUGGUGCUUGCAGCCAUGAAGGUGUUAUCUGGAUAUCGCAGAGGCAGACUGCCCAGCUUUGAGUCUUGGAGACAGCGUCAUACGUGGGAUUGGGGACUUUAGUUGCGGAGGGCUUUUGGAAACUGAUAUAUGAUGCUGGCGUCUGGUACAUUUGCAGUUGCAUAGGACGAGAAACGUGAGACAUGUCAACGAACAGCGCUUUUGGGGCCG